AAAGGCCGAGCUGGCAGAACUACACAUGAAAUACAUUUAUAGUGAAGACAAGUGCAAAGCCCUCCAAGACAUUGUGGACAGCUUCCAGCAGUGCUCUAGUGACCAUGAGAUGGCUCUUAGCCGUAUCGCUAAGUUGGAAUGUAGCCUAAUGGAAGUGCAAGAGGACAAUCCCAAGCGGCAAUGCAACACACCAAGUAGUCUUCAUGAUGAAUUAGUUGAAUGUGGACAGUUAAGUGGCUCUGUAAACUUUAAAAAAAUCAAUUUCUCUUCACAUAAGAAGUUGAAAAAAUACCUUAGAUUAAGUAAGUUUAUCAAGCGUACCCAAUCAAUUGUUAGAAAGAGUUCUUUUAAAAAUGUAGUUCAAUUAGAGAAAGUCAAUAAAAAUCUGGUUCAAGAGUUAGACAAAUAUCAUAGGGAUCUAGAAUAUUAUAAAAUCUUGUAUGAUGUAGAAACAAAUGAAUUAAAGGAGAAGAUAGACUCUUUAAGUCAAAUGUUAAAUGAUGUCAACCAGAAGUAUUCUGCUGCCCAAAUGCAAAUAAACGAGCAUAUACAACAGGCAGAUGACUUAAUUAAGUUGAGUAAUGAAAAUAUGGAUCGCUUUGAGUCGCUGACCAAUAAAUAUGUAUGUCAGUGUUCAAAAAGUGACAAUGAGCAAACGUCGCCCCAUAAGCUUGACUGCACAGACAUACAUAGUGUUAAACCCGUGACAACAAUUUCAACUAGUAAAACUAAACACCUUUCCGAGCAGGAAAUUAUUGUGUUGUCAGAUAGUAUUGGUCAGGGUUUUGGCGCUAUGCUCAACAAUUUAGGGCUUAAAGUCACUAAUAUUUGCACUCCUAACAGUUCAUUUAAUUAUAUAAUCAAAUCACUUGAUCAUUUUAGCUUUAAUAAGAAUAAUAUUGUAAUUAUACUAUAUGGAGAUAGUUUAAAUAUAAAAAAUAAGGAUAUUGAUGUAGGAUUUCAAAAAAUGUUGGAAAUUAGUAGUCAGACUAAAUGUAAAUUUAUGUUGUGUACAUUGCCGUACCUACCUGGUUUGACACAAGAACAAAAUAGAUUAAUUCAUAAUAUGAAUUUAAAAUUGUAUAAUGUAACAAAUCAUCAUCGUGAUGCAUUUCUUUACUUUGACAUUAAUUUGUGUAUUAAAUCUUUUACUUUGACAAAGAAUACAGUGUAUCUGCCAUCUAGAUAUAAGCGAGAACUUGCUAUGUUAAUAGCAUAUAAUAUUAACCAGUCUGGUACAUGUUUGUUAUCAGACCCUGGAUCUACUAUAAUUUUAUGUAGUAGUAAUAAUAAUUAUAUACACCAACCUUGUGUUGACAGAAAAUCUAGCCCUAAGCUAGAUUUAAACUAGUAUAUAAGACAACAGCUAAGCAGACUUUUUCUAUUGUACAUCAAAACAUUCAAGGCUUGGCUAGCAAAUUAUUAGAAAUAGAAUUAUUUUUAAAUCAUAAUAGAAUUAAGGUUUUUUGUGUAACAGAACAUUGGCUUAAACAAUGUCAGUUGGUAAUAAAUAUUGAUAAUUAUACAUUAAAAAGUAUAUACUUCAGGACAUAUGCUAUUCAUGGAGGUUCUCUUAUUUUUGUACACAAUAGUGUAAAAUGUAAAGAACGAACUGACAUUGUUAGUCUUUCUGUAGAACGGACCAUUGAACUGUCCUGUGUUGAACU